AAGCGAGAGCUGUGGGACUACCAUUCCCAUCAUGCACCGAGGGUAGCGGUGCGCUUGUUGUCAGUGCGUGGGCCUGUAGAAGGUGCCGCAGAGACCGGGAUCAGGGAACUAGGUUAUUAUCGAGACUAGAGGGAUAUGGACUCAGAGUCACAACUGAAUGAACAAAGAACCGCUGUGCUUUUGGAGCUAAACAAUAUCUUGACCACCACUCGGAAUUUGGUGUGUGAGCUCAGAACUCUGGUAGCUUUGACAGACCGGGAAGGAGGAAAACUGAUCCAGUCUCAAAACAAGGCUGUGAGCUCCUUGGACAUCUGGAAGCAACUGUUCGCUGCAGUGCCCUCUGAGGACAACGCUCCUUUAUUGCAAUAAAAUGGCUGACAGAGAAAACAGCAUGGUUUCCACAGAUGUCUUGCUUCUAAAAGGUUCUGAUCAUGAAACCAUGAUAUCCAGUGAUACAGAAUCACUCAGUGACUCUGACUCUGAGACCAAUCUGCAGUCAUUCAAUUCUUUGUCACCUCUUAGGGAAUCUGAUGCAGAUUCCUGGUCCCCAGAUGGCUCACUUACUGUUGGUAUUGAACCACAGUGUGACUACAUGUCUAAUCAUUCUUUAUCUGUUGUUGGAAGCAGACCACCAUCACAAUUGUUUCAGCUGCGGGGAACUAGUUCCAGCUUCUCUUUUCGUAGUCAGAAUAUAUUUAGUGGUUUAGAGAAUGUAGUAAAAUUUGAUGCAGCUCAUCCCAGGGACACCAACCUUGUUGAUAGUGAAUCUAAGCAUCCACCAAAUCCAGCUCCUUCUGUCAGAAAACUGACAGUGGGAUCUCCUCCAGGAAAUCAGAGCACUAUUUCUGAAAAGAGACCGGUUAUUGGGGAGCCUCCCAGAAGAAAACAAAGUAAUGCUUCAUGUAAAAAAGCACAGUCUGUCCCAGAUUACCUUUUGCAUCCAGAACGCUGGACCAAGUAUAGUCUGGAGGAUGUUCCCGAAACUAGCAGUAAGAAGAAUACAGCUGUGGCAUUUGAGUUCAUGGACAGCUUGAAGAAACAGAGAAAAGAAGAAUCCAAAGUGGACCUGGAUGAAAGCUUGACUUCCUGUUUUAAACAGGAAUUUGAUAAUGUUUCUGGUAAAAUCCUAUUCUCCAAACCAUUGAAACCAGCAGGCAGCAAGACAGAUGGUGUAGACAGGACAGAACAUGAAGAUCAUAUUGUGGUCAGGAAGCUGACAAAGAAAAUGGGACUGAGUCCAGAGGAACCUGGACAAGUGGAAUUAGCACACCUUGGUUAUGGUGAAAUGAACGAAGUGGAAGAUAUGAAAGCCUGGUGGCAUGAUAAGGAUGUAGAGGAGCCAGUGAGAGAUGGAAAACAAGAGACUACAGGGCAGAAGGUGCAUGAGUCAGUGGUAUUUUAUAGUGGAAGAAAGAGAAACCGAAUGAAUAUUCGAGUGAAACCUGGUAAAGACGGUGAAGAUGACUAAUGUCGAACUAGUUUGAUCCCAAAGCUGCUGAUGUUUUCAAAUCAAUAAUUUAGCAAUCAUUUUUAGUUGAAUCUAACAUCUACGCCUGCAGUUACUUUGGCUAAAUGCAUUAUGUUUAACACUUUACUGUUAAUUACAUUGGGGGAUGACUGUGGAAGAGAUAUUGAGUGUCUUUCAUGUCAAACUCUAACUACGUCGAGGAAAAAAAUGUCGUUAUAUUCUGGAGUGUAGUGAUGUAAAAUGUAUAUCAUUAAUAAAGACGUUUUUAUCUUUUAAA